AUGGACCCCAUUCCUCUCGAACGUCUCCAGACAGUCCUUGAGCUGGCGCCUGGAGGAGAAUCACUGAUCGGAGCCAUCGUCAGAGAAGAUUACCGUGAGCACAUCGCUAACCACUGUGGUACAGUCUUGUCUGAAUGGGUGCAGCUUGUGGGCAAAACAACAUUGCCGCCGAAUGUUUCCAGCUCCGACCCAUGCAUACUAGCAGCGUUUCAAGCCCUGCACGCUCCAAUUUUCACGCCGGACUCGAAAGCCCUCACCCGUAUGGCAUACGUACGCCUGAUUGAUCUCUUCAGCAAAGUAGAAUUAAUCGUCAAGUCCGACAGAAGAAAGGGCAAAUCCCGUAGCAAAAAGCGCCGAGGUAACACGCGCCACAAUAGGAGCAUAGCAAUUGACCUGUGCACCUGUGCAUUCCAGACUACCAGGCCAAAGGUUUUGGAGAUUAGGCGGCAAGCUCGUCGCUGGCGACAAUUCGCUUCGCCGUCAGUAUUUUGUCUCAUGAUCUACACCGAGGAUGUCAUAGAAGAAGUCAUGUGA